AUAUAUCUUCUUUCGACUGCGAAAUAGCCGUUUCCUUUUGCUAGAAGACUCUCACUGCUAAUCUCCGCAAUUCCAGGAAGUCUUUCUGACGAUUGUGUUAUCCUUCAGUCAUGGAUUUACAAAGUGUGAUAGAUCUGGCGAACCAGGUCGUGAAGCUGAAAAUGUUUCCCCUUUUUGAUGUUGCUCACUCGGCUAUUACGUGCUUAUAUAUACGAGACGAAUUGGACAAGAGUGAGUUCUUGAAUCCCAAUUUUUAAUUAGAGCGGAGAAGUAACUUUUCAACUUCGCGAUGCUAGGUAAUGCGAAGUUUUCUCGACUUCACCCAUUUGCAUGCUGGAUUUCCUGCAUGAUUUCCAUUUUCUCGGGGUCAUUGUUAACUGCAUUCCUGUUGGGCGAGCCGUUACUCUCUGUAUUCAAGACUUCAGAUCAACUCUACGUUGCGACAGCCGUGUGGUACAUGGUUUUUUAUGCUCCGUUCGACGUUGGAUAUUAUAUCGUCAGUAUCCUGCCUGUCAAGUGUGUGCUGGCUGUGAUGAAGGAAGUUUAUAGGUGCAAGAAAAUUAACGACGGUGUCGUCCAUGCUUCGAGGCUUUAUCCCCAAGGUUACCUCCCCAUUCUGAUCGUUGGUACCCUGAAAGGUGUGUUAUGUUAUAGCCGAUGA